UCCAUCAUGCUGCGAAACACCAUCUACCGGGUUCUUGCUCUACACAGAAACGUAAACAGCACCUACGGUUUAGCUAAAUAUUGCACGGCCGGCAGGGACAUAGUUUCAUCUGAUCCGGCCUCGUCGCACUUUGGCCUGCUCAAGUCAGCCACAGACGCGAAAGAAGUGUUAGAUCUUUUACCUGCAAUCAGCCGAACAAAGGAAGACCGCCAUGUGUACACCCUGCCUGCGUUAAAAACAUUAUUCGAGCUUCACAAAAAUGGCAAAAGUACACUGCGCUCCGAUCAGAUAGUGCGCCACCCCCAAUUUGCUGAGCUGUGCCAGCAUGUUCGACACGAAUCACGGACUUUUCAAAUGAAUGACAUAACGGAAUGUUUAAAAAUUCUCACCUUCUUCGGGGUGCACACCAACAGUGAAAUCAUCACCGUGCUAUUGCAGUUGAUUCGUCACCAGAUCAAUGAUGUAACUUUGGAUCAUAUUGUUUUUCUCAGCUUUAUCCUAAAAAAACUCGAUCGAACGCCGCUUGUCGAGGCGCUACAAAUAGCCCUUCCUAUGUUACUGCAGGUGCAAAUAGGCUACAAGCUAGAUCAUGAAAACGUACAGCAACUGGUGGAUUUGCUGGAAUUUGUCUCUCUCCAUAGGGUUAACGAUCGCACGGCUAUGAACAUUGUCAGCUCUUUAACACUUCACGGGACCAAUCUUUCCCCCGAGCAGGCCAUAAAUGCCUUGAAAGCGUUAGCUAGCUUUCGCACGUUCCAGCCUCAAUACAGCAAAUUGCUACAGAAUGUGUUCGAGGUGCUGGAGCAUCAGAUAGAUCAGCUACCGUUUAAAAUGCUAGACUAUGUACUCAAAAAAGUGCUCGAUAAAAACCUCGAGCACUUCCCUAUGUUUUACCAUGAACCAUUUCUGAAACGAUGCGCCCAGUAUGUCAUUGAUAAGGAUAUUGGUCUACUGAAUGCACUGUACGUGCUAAAAAAGCUGAACAAAAUAUCAUUUCUUUACAUCCCCUUGCUGGAUUACAUAGCCGCUCACGCAAAUAAUAUUUCACUGGUGCCAACGUCCGGUAUAAUCACGAUCGUGGCCGGAUUCUCCAACGCCAACUAUAAACCGACUAACUGGGAAAUGGUCAAACAAGAAAUUGCACGCAAUACAACAAUUACCCACCCAGCCAUACCAUGGAUACGUUAUAAUUUGGAACUUCUCUCGCUGGACAUAUUCAAUGAGCAACUUAUCACACACUGGUUGGAUCCAAAGUCGUUGGAAUUAAGUAUGGCCCGGAACGUACUGGUAGAUUAUCUUCAGCUGUCCGAGCUCGGUCAAACGCUUAAGCUGCUUUAUGCUGACAAGUACAACGGACCCUACCCUGCUAAACACUUUGUAGACAAAUCGGUAACACUUACACUACAAAAUAAUGAAAACCCGUUGCUUAAACCACUGGAGUUUGCGUUUGGCGGAGAAGAGUAUAUUAGUACAAAAGUAGUUUCCGAUCACGGGCAUGUCAUCGACCACAUUAUCGCUUUCGAUUCUACUGGAACGCCAGUAGCAAAACCUACAGCCCCAGCCGAAGGCCCAGUCCUGCUAGAAAGCUUGCGAAGACCGGGACAUGUACUUAUUGCCAUUAUCUAUCUACCUAGAAGCUGUUAUGCUAUCAACGUCAAUCGGUUACGUGGAAGGUUUAAUCUUUACUUGAAGACGAUCGAGGCGAUGGACGUACGCACAGUAUCCGUGUCACCAUACGUAUGGACAAAUCUACCCGAAGCAGAACGAAUUCCAUUCUUGCAGCGUGAAGUACAACAGAGAGCGCAUCAAAACCCUUAACAGUCCAGCAGCAGCGAACCUAGUCCACGGAAAGCAAAUAAAGUGAUUGCAAAAUUCGAACAAUAAACGUGAAAAUUAAAAGCCAGAAA